UGUGAUUCAAAAAUAAAUCUCUUGGCGUUCGAUAAUUUAUUCGGUGGAAAUUGUUUUUGAUCGUAAAAAUGCGUUCAUCUUCCACUAGUAAAACAUAAAUUUCAAUGAGAAACAAACAUUUUAGCAAAAUAAGUUUCAAAAUGGAUCCCCAACUCAAAAAUUUCGAAAGCUACGAGUUCAGUGUUGCCUAUUUCACUGGCGUAUGUGUGCAGUCUAAUUUUUUGACUCCCGGGUCCCAUUGACGCGCAUGCGUGAGAACUUGUGUUUUUUUUUCGAGCGUAUUAUAUUAUCAGUAUUAUCAGUGCGCCUUUUUCUAACCUUUUUCAUAAUUAAUAAUAUUUGAAAUCUGUAUGAGUUUCAUUUAUUUCAAUUUAGGAAAGUGAAAUAUGUUUAAUUUAUGCCAUUAUGGGUGGCUUUAUUUGUUCCAAGUGCAAAACAAGUUUUACAAGAAAAAAUAACCUUGUGCGGCAUAUUAAACGUAACAGUAGUUGUGUUUUUAUAUCAUCACCAAUUAAAAAAAAUAAAAUCGAAGGUGAAUUUAUAUGUGAUAAAUGUGGUGUUAACUUUACCACUAAAAAACAUGUAGCUCGGCAUGUUGCCAAUGGGGUAUGCUCUGUUUCAAAGAGCAAAAAAAAAAUUUCAAAGAAUAAGCCUAACCCCAAGAAGAAUAGCAAUUCUAAUAAUUAUAGAAUCCUGAGAUUCGAAAAUAUUGCCGAAUUUUUUUUAUGGAAGGACGACGAAGAACAAAGAACGUUGUCAAAAUAUUCACAAGAUACGAGUGCUUGGACAACUAAACAACGCAGUAAAAAAAUCCGAUACAGAUGCCACAGAGGCGGAUACAUACGACUCAAAGAUGAGUCCUUGCGGAAAAGACAUGUGAAACGGAAAGGAUCCUGUAAAAUAAAUAACUAUUGCUCAGCACAUAUAUUGUACGAAGAAAACCUGGAUGAUGGGAAAAUUACUGUACAGUACAACCCAAUUCACUGUAACCACUCUGUGGAAAUGAAGCAUCUCCCUCUAUCUUCUACAGAUAAAGAGAAUAUUGCUGAAAAACUCAAAGUUGGCGUACCGUUGGAUCGUGUGUUGGAUGAUAUUCGUGACACAUUAGAAGAUAAUCAGGUUACAAGGACCCAGCUAAUAACAAAGCAUGAACUGCACAAUAUUAUGCAGGAAAAAAAAAUUUCUUACCAAGAACGGAAAUCAUACUAUGAUCCGGUGAGCGUUGAGUUGAUAAUUGAAGAGUACCAUACGAAUUUAGGAAAAGAUACUCCUUUCAAGUUUUAUAAAGAACAAGGUGUGCAGCAAGAGCCCUUUGAGAAAGAUGACGUGCUUUUAGUAAUGAUGGAUAAAAUGCAAAUUGCUCUUAUGAAGCAAUUCGGCUGUAAUAAGAUAUGCGUAGACAGUACUCAUGCUACAAACAACUACGAAUAUUAUUUGAAUACAGUUCUGGUAGUCAACGAUGUCGAUAUGGGUGUACCAGUGGCACACGCGAUCUCAAAUAAAGAAAAUACAGUAUUUAUAAAAAAAUUUUUCGAAGUAAUCAAGGAAGAAUGUGGUGUAAUUCAAACAAAUACGUUCAUGUCAGACGACUUCCCAGCUUACAUAAAUGCAUGGACACAGGUGAUGGGAAAACCGACACAUACUCUAUUAUGCCAUUGGCACGUAGAUAAGAACUGGCGUAAAAAUUUGAAGCUUGUGAACGGAUCAAAAGAACUCAAAGACGAGAUUUAUAAAGUAGUUCGGACGUUGAUGGAUGAAAAAGACGCAGCAUCUUUUCCAAAUAUUGUUAUAUCCGCAGUAGAGAAGUUGAAAAAUGAUCCGAAUACUGCGGCGUUUGGAAAAUAUUUUGAGCGUGAGUACAGCGAACGAUAUGAAACAUGGGCGUUUGCAUUCCGCAAAUACAUUGGCAUGAAUACGAAUAUGAAGAUCGAAGCCAUGCACAAUUUGCUGAAGAAUGUGUAUCUCAAUGGUUUGAAAAACAAAAGGGUCGAUAAACUUAUCAACACGCUCCUAAAAAUGAACCGUAACAAAGCUUUUGAACGAUUGAGUCACUUAGUUAUGGAGACUGACUCGCAUACCCACAAAAAAGUGCGCGAUCGGCAUGUAACUGGCAAGACAAUCCCUGCUGAAGAUGUUUCAAUUAUCAGCUUUGGUGUAAGUGGUGUAGGACAAGUUAAGUCGCAGAGUAAGAGUAACCAGUCAUCGAUUUAUGAAAUUACAAAAAUUUCCGACGAAUGCAGCUGCAGACUGCGCUGCGAGGAUUGUAAUAAUAUUUGUGUCCAUUUAUUCGAAUGUACAUGUGAUGAUUAUGUGUUCGGGUACAAUAUUUGUAAACAUCUGCAUGCAUAUGCUCUUAAGGUUCAAUUUUUAGAUGAAUGUGGUCCGUUAGCGCCAGUUUAUGAAGCUGCAGAAGUGCACAAUAUUCUCGAAAUUCUCCAGUCACAAUCUCCAACUGAAAUCAAGAAUGAUUCUCUCAAGAAAAGGGAUACCAUCCAAGAUCUUGCGAGAGAAAUAAUUCAAAAUGUGCAGCGUUGCAGUGAGAUUCCUUUUGAUGAAGAUGAUAACAAAGCAAUUUCGUCUUUAAAGCAGAUCAACAAAAUGCUUCAGUUGAAAGUGAAAGGUCUACAGAAAAAGAAAAUGACCAAAUCCCCUAUGAACAAAAAAAUUGAUCAUCAAAAGCGGUUUUACUCCACAAAAAAAAAACGUGCAUCCGGGCACCAUCCCAGUAAACCAAGCACUACGGAGAAAGCUGAAUUGAAAAAGUUAGUGCUGGAAUCGAAGUGUGACCUCAUAAAUUUUAAUUCUAGCGAUCAUACUUACAUUCCUUCUACUUGAUCUACUCUUGUUACUUAUUGUUUAUUUUUAUACCUACGUAGUACUAAUAUACAUUUAUUCAUUUGUUUGCUAGUAUAAGAAUGUUUUUUUUUGAAAAUCUGUGUAACUACACUAACGUGCUGAUUUGUGAUGUUCAACUCAUUUAGUCAUUUUUUACUUUGUUUCGACUCGUUUACGUAGUAUUAAUAUAAGUAUGUGUUUUUUUUUUUUGAGAAUCUAUGUAGAAAAACUUGCUGAUUUGUGAUGUUUAAUUAAUUUAGUCAUUUUUUACUUUGUUUGGACUCCUUUGUUUAAAACAAAAUAAAUGAAAAUACAUCAAUUCGAAAAUUUAUUUAUAUUUUUCAAUUUUUGAGGAAACCGGAAAUAACAAGUGUUGAACGAGUGGCAGACACACAUGGAACACUCAC